AUGGAAACACUCUCUGAAAUCGCGAAGUUGCCAACCCGUGCAGCACCGACCCAGCUGAAAACUCCUAAAGGAACAUUGGACUUCAUAGGCUCUGACGUCAAGCUACGAAAGCAGAUCUUUCAAGUCCUUAGCGAGAUAUUCGAACGUCACGGUGGCCAGGAACUUGACACACCCGUUUUUGAGCUCAAGGAAAUCCUGUCAGGGAAGUAUGGCGAAGAUUCCAAGCUAAUCUACGACCUGCAAGACCAGGGAGGCGAGCUGUGUUCCCUACGCUACGAUCUCACGGUUCCCUUUGCUCGUUGGUUGGCAAUGAACACCAACUUCGCCCAAGUGAGUCGAUAUCAAAUCGCAAAGGUGUACCGGCGCGAUCAACCGACCACAUCACGUGGCAGAUACCGCGAGUUCUACCAGUGCGAUUAUGACAUUGCGGGCGAGUACGAGUCCAUGACCUCCGACGCCGAGAUCCUCUUGAUAGUUGUUGAAGCAUUUCAGGGGUUGAAAAUGGACAUAACGAUCAAGAUCAAUCACAGGAGAAUUCUGGACGGCAUUUUUGCUGUUGCAGGAGUACCGGAGGACAAAAUCCGACCCAUCAGCUCGGCGGUGGAUAAGCUCGACAAGUUACCAUGGGACGAGGUGAAGCGGGAGAUGGUCGAACAGAAGGGCCUCCCAGAAUCCGUGGCCGACGAAAUUGGCCAUCUUGUCCGGAGCUGUGGCACCCUCGACGAGACUCUGGGUCUUCUCAGAGCGAAUGAAAAAUUGACAGCCAACGAGGAUGUAAAAGCUGGGAUCGAUGAUAUGAGCCUUCUCUCCUCUUACUUACAGGCAUACAAAAUUGCCGACAAAGUCUCGUUCGACCUAUCGCUCGCUCGUGGGCUCGACUACUACACGGGCAUGAUCUUCGAAGUGGUCACUUCUCUACUGGACACCAAAGAGGACAAGAAGGACAAACAGCCAGAGGUCGGCAGCAUAGCAGCAGGCGGACGCUAUGAUGAUUUGGUGGGCAGGUACUGUGACAGAGAUGUUCCUUGUGUAGGCGUGUCAUUUGGGGUGGAACGCAUCUAUAUGAUUCUCAACGCGCGCAUGCCCAAGAGAAAGGGGGAGUCAGUCAUCGCCCAGGAUUUCGAUGUUUAUGUUGUCGCGGCAGGUGGUGGGGGCUUUUUGCUUGAGCGAAUGGCGAUCUGUGGCCAGCUGACAAAGGCCGGUGUCAGAGCCGCCUUCUUACGAAAAGCAAAACCAAGCUUGCGUUCACAAUUCAACGCAGCUGAAAAGGCUCCUCUCACCGUCAUUUUUGGACCGGAUGAGCUUGCUGCUGGUAACGUGAGGCUGAAAGCCUCCACAGGCAGGGAUACUAAACCCGGCUCAGAGAACCAGGGUGAGAAGGACCGCGGUCAACUGGUCGCCAGAGGUAAUCUGGUAGAAGAGGUCAAGAAAGUAUUACGAGGCAUUUCUGGGAACAUCGGACCUUGUCGUGGGAACCAGGGACAUGCAGGUUGA